AUGACAGCGAUCGGCCAGCGGCUUGGCCGCCAUUUCCCCUGCUCCAGCCGCCCACUUCCGCUUCCUGCCGCCGCUCCUGCGGCCGCCGCGCCACCGCCUCCAUCUCCUCAGGGCUCUCCCGGCAGGCCCAGCCGCGCAAGGCGGCCACCGGCUCUUUCGGGUUCCGGGCCCAAUGAGGAGCGGAGCGACGUACCGCGGCACGCCUCGCGGACCCAGCGCUCGGCGGCACAGCCCUUCCGCGUUACCACGUGGCAGGCCACCUUCCCGCAUCAGGGGGCGGCACCGCCCGUCCCGCCUCCACGUACCGCCCGUCCAGCCUCACGUACCGCCCACGUCCCGCCUCAACACCGCCCGUCCCGCUCACGUACCGGCCGUCCCGCUCAAACACCGCCCUUCCCGCCUCACGUUCCCCGCCCAUUCCGCCUCAACAACCCGCCCUUCCAUCUCAAGGCACCGCCCCUCCCGCCUCAGGUUACCGCCUCAGGUACCGCCCCGCCCUUUCAUCUGCAUUCAGGGUCCUCCCGCCCCUCCACGCCUCAGGCACAACCUCCGCCUCGGGGACGGCCCCGCCUCUUCCCGCUCUUCCCGCCUCAGGCAUACCCCUUCUCACCUCUCCCGCCUCAGAGAUCGCACUUCCCGCCUCAGGCACGGCUCUUCCCGCCUCAGGCACGGCUCUUUACCGCCCUCAGGCACACACCUUUCCACCUCUCCCGCCUCAGGGACCGACCUUCCCGCCUCUCCCGCCUCAGGCACGGCUCUUCCCGCCUCAGGCACUGCCCUGUCCCUCCCGUCCCACACACCAUCCCGCCCUUCAUCUUCUGA